AUGCUGAGUGCAAUUACAAGUUCGAAUGAAUUGACAUUCUUGGAAAAGAGUGUAACAGUAUCGCCUUUGGUUUUGUUAUCCGUUGUGGAUCAUUACAACAGAGUUUCUAAGGGCCUGAAAAAAAGAGUUGUAGGUGUUAUAUUGGGUGACAACUCAAGUGGCACCAUUAAAGUGACAAACUCGUAUGCCAUUCCUUUUGAAGAGGAUGAAAAAAACCCUGGAGUAUGGUUCUUGGAUCACAACUAUAUUGACGCCAUGGGUGAAAUGUUCAAGAAAAUCAAUGCCAAAGAGAAGUUAAUUGGAUGGUAUCAUUCCGGCCCAAAACUCAAGCCUUCCGAUUUGAAAAUCAACGAUGUGUUUAGAAGAUAUACGCCAAACCCAUUGUUAUUGAUUGUGGAUGUACAGCCGAGAAAAGUGGGUAUUCCUACCGAUGCCUAUUUCGCUGUCGAUGACAUUAAGAAUGAUGGGUCUGCAGCCGAAAAGACAUUUGUUCAUGUUCCAUCGCUGAUAGAGGCUGAGGAGGCGGAGGAGAUCGGUGUAGAGCAUUUGCUUAGAGAUAUUAGGGACCCGGCUGCAGGCAAUCUCUCGUUGAAGGUAACACAGACUUACCAGUCGCUCUUGGGGUUGCAUCAAAAGUUGAGAGAGAUUGCAAAUUACUUGGACAAGGUGUACCUUGGCAAACUUCCAAUCAACCAUACCAUUUUAGGUAAAAUUCAAAACGUGUUUAAUUUACUACCCAACUUGGAUCAAGCUGUCAACGGACCAAAUGGAAGUAAUGGCGGUGGCAACAAGUCGGGGAAUAGAGACUUGUCCACUGCAUUCACUGUGAAGUCCAAUGAUGAGUUGAUGAUUGUUUACAUUAGUACAUUGGUGCGUGCCAUUGUCGCGUUCCAUGAUUUGAUUGAAAACAAAUUGGAGAAUAAAAAAUUCAACGAAAAGAGAACACAAGGCGACGCUGAUUCUGACUUGCAGGAUGUGAAAACACCUCUGGAAAUACAAGCUUAA